AUGGCUGGCUUCCUGCUGCUGCCUCUGGUCCUUCACAUCCAGUUAGGAUUCAUCCUUGGAUCCAGCCCCGGCUUGGACGGACGGUCCGCGCAACAGAGGGAGAAAGUGGACAGAUAUGAGAAGCAACCGAUUUACAACAGACAUCAGUCCCCGAACCCAUCAAAUGCGGCCAGAUCUUCCAAGAGCGGCGGCGGCAGCCCACAUCAACAACAUGACAGUCUGCCCACUCCUAUCUGGGCUUUCCUUCACACUGGAGACCCUUCCAAGCUUGGCUAUGCUAACUGUACUAAGAGAUACCAAUUGUCAAAUUUAAAAGAGGCCUCUGAUGCAGUGAACAUCCACCCAUCACUCCACAGUGCCAUGGACACCGUAGUCCAUGCCACCAAUUUCUUAAAUAUGAUCUUACAAACUAAUGGGGUUCGGGAGCUGACCAUUAAGGAGGAUAUUGAGUGGUAUCACGCUCUAGUUAGGAGUAUUCUGGAGGGCGACCCCAAAGUCCAUCGAGCGGUGGUGACUUUUGAUGUCCAGCCAUUCACCUCCCCUCCCCAGCUCUUCCUCCAGGCCACCAGGAUAGACAACCAGAUCUUCCUUCAAGAUCUGUCAGCCGGCGCUCGUCACUUGGCGAACCACAGCAUCGAGACAGAGUGGUUCAACCGCCUGAAACAGCAGCGCUCCCCCGAGUCUUACCUUCAUAGGAAGCUGCUGAGGGAUGAGUUGAAGUCGGUCCAUUCCUCCAUGCGGAAGAGAGGCAUGAGGUACCUGGUGGAUAAAACUCACAUCAAGUGGUCGGCGCCCUACCUGGAAUGUGAACACGGGAAAUACAAGCCUCUGUGGCUGCUGACUCUCUCCACGUCCUUUUACGGGUUGAAGCCGGAUUUCAAGCCCGAGUUUAGGGGUGUUGUUAGAGUUGACAUAAAUCUGCAGAAUGUGGACAUUGACCAGUGUUCAACUGAAGGAUGGUUUGGAGGAACACACAAAUGCAGACUCAACAGUACUAAGUGUAUUUCACCUAAAGGCCGAGGAUUCAUGCUGGGAGCUUAUGACUGUUCUUGUAAACCUGGAUUCUAUCGUCCCGGUGGCGUCUCACUGAAAAGCUUUGAUGGUAAAGGGCCUGUCCACCAUCGACAAGGCACAGGUCAGGAGUUAUCUGAGGAGUCGCGAAUGUGCCUUCCCUGCAGGAAUGGAUGCAGCUCAUGUCAAGAUGACAGUCCCUGUCAUGCAGAGAAGGACAAGCACCUGCGCAUUGCCAUCAUCGCGUUCCAAACCUUCUGCAUGCUGUUGGAUUUCAUUGCUAUGCUAGUGGUCUACCACUUCCACAGGUGUAAGAGUAUCAGAGCGUCAGGACUGGUGUUGCUAGAGACAAUUCUUUUUGGCGCUUUACUUCUGUAUUUUCCAGUUGUUAUACUGUACUUUGAGCCAAGUAUAUUCAGAUGUAUUCUUCUUCGAUGGGUUCGUCUUCUAGGCUUUUCAAUUGUUUAUGGGACAGUAACUCUCAAGCUAUACAGAGUUUUGAAGGUUUUCCUCUCACGAACAGCACAACGAGUCCCUUACAUGACCAGCUGGAGAGUGGUGAGGAUGUUGGGAAUCAUUCUGCUGAUAGUGUGCUGGUUCCUAAUCUCGUGGACAUCUGCUGUGUGUGAAAAUUUGGAUAGGAAUGUUUCACUGAUUGUCCAGGGACAAACCGCAGAUGGCCUGAAGUUUAAUAUGUGUCUGCUGGACCGCUGGGACUACAUGAUGGCCAUUGCUGAAUUUCUCUUCCUCCUCUGGGGGGUAUUUCUCUGCUAUGCAGUACGGACAGUACCAUCAGCAUUUCAUGAACCACGCUACAUGGCUGUAGCUGUCCAUAAUGAACUCAUUAUAUCUGCUGUAUUCCAUACCAUCAGGUUUACACUGGCAUCAAGCCUCCACAAUGAUUGGAUGCUCAUGCUGUUCUUUGUUCACACCCAUCUGACUGUGACCGUCACUCUGUGUUUACUUCUGAUUCCUAAGUUUCUUCAAGCAAGCAUCAACCCCAGAGAUGACAUAGCAACAGAGGCCUAUGAAGAUGAACUUGACAUGGGCAGAUCAGGGUCAUACUUGAACAGCAGCAUCACCUCAGCCUGGAGUGAGCACAGCCUAGAUCCUGACGACAUUAGGGAUGAGCUGAAGAAACUAUAUGCACAGCUGGAGAUCUACAAAAGGAAAAUGAUGACAGCUAAUAACCCACAUCUGCAAAAGAAGAGAAGCUCUAAGAAAGGUUUAGGACGAUCAAUCAUGAGGCGCAUCACUGAAAUCCCUGAGACAGUGAGUAGACAAUGCAGCAAAGAGGACAAGGAACAUUCAGAGCUUUCCAUAGCCAGGAACAGCAUCACUAUUGGUCGGAGGAAUCCAUUUGAUCCCACUAGCUCGAGUGUGAAAACAAAAGAAGACUUUAUGAAAAAUAAAGCAUUACUACUACAAAAAUCUCUCAGUAGCUAUGACCAUAUGAGAGAUCAAGGUGAAGAUUCCAACAUUUCUGUUGCAGACAAAAUGGAAGUUUCCAGCACAGAAGCUGGACUCGUAGAUUCACUAAUGGGGAAAAAGUUAUCCAAAAAGACACAUGAGAAGGGAGACAGCAUUUCUACAGAAUCCGUUCCUCUAGUGUGCAAGUCUGCUAGUGCACAUAACUUAAGUGUAGACAAAAAGCCCUUGCAUCCAAGAACAUCUAUGUUGCAGAAAUCCCUCAGUGUUAUUGCCAGUGCAAAGGAAAAAACGUUGGGAAUGACCGGCAAAGCGCAAAGCAUGGACGAUCAUACAAAACAUUAUAAAGGACAGCAAAGAGGUAAAGAUACUAACAAAAGUCAUCCCUCAGCAGAUAACAAUGAAAUGGGAGCAUCCCAACCAAAAAACUCUUUGAGCCACUCUUCGAUUUCUGAAGAGGCAAAAAAAGCUCCAAAAGCUGGAAUAAUGAAGCAACAUAUUAACAGUCAAUCGACAAUUAUUCCUGAUACAGCAAACUCUCGACUGAGCGAUCCAUUUGAUAGAGCUGAAGUCUGUCCAUGGGAGCUACAGGACCAGUCACCUACUCCUUCAGAAUCAAGAGUUCAAAAACAUGUAUCUAUUGCACCAGUGGAAUCACAAAAUAUUCAUAGUUCGCAUUCAAAUGUGAAGGCUCAGAACACCAACAAACACAAAUCUGGGGAAAACAUUGCUAAACAAAAACAAGCAACACAAGGCAAUAUUGAGAAAUCAGAAGUGUGCCCCUGGGACUUUGAGGAGCCACAAUCAAGCCUGCCAGAGGGUAGGAAGCCUAUAACUCAGCAGCCUGAUACUAUUUCCAUUGCAAAAGAUAUGGAUUCAAAUAACGUAGCCAAAGUUUUUGAGAUUCAUCCUUGGGACUUCAAGGAAAUGCCAAGCAAGACAUUGGAGAAGAGCCAGAUUGUGAAAGGGGAUGGGAAUAAAGGAGAGAAGACAGAUGGAAAGGACAAAGAGAUCACACCAGAGACCCUAACAUCAAGCUGUAGCCUACAACAAGUUAAUAGAGCAAAUGUUUGUCCUUGGGAGUUCGAACCAUCAGAGUCACCAGAAUCAGAGAAGAGCCUAGCUUCAGCUGCCUCAACCUCUUUAUUAAACAGUAUACCCCAGAAAAAGUCAAUGAUGAAAGGGUUCGGGAUAUCUGUGAAAACUUUGGUAUCUGCAGGAAAAGGCAAGGAGGCAGAGAAAGCAAAAGAAAGAAAAGAUGAUAAGGUAAAAGCGAAGGGAAAAUAUAAGGAAAAGGACAUGAAAGAUGAAAACCUAGUGGACAAAUCUAAUGUGGCUGAAAGCAGUCCUUGGGAAGUCAAAGUAACCCCUGGGUCUGCAACUGGAAAGAGCAAAAAGAUAAACAACAAUGGAGCAGGAAAGGAAAGAGGCAAGCUUGCCGAAAAAUGUCCUUGGGAGGCCGAGGACAGCAGCCCCAUUCUACAAGUAGCAGAAGGAGACACAGUUGCAGCUAAGGACAAUAAAAAUUCACAUGGCAUUGAUGUAGAUACAUCAAAAAUGGCCUCAAUAUGUCCUUGGGAUUUUGAUGAUCAAACAUCGGGAAAAAAUGUGUGA